UUUUAUAACAAACCGACAGCAGUAAUGGAAGUCUUUUAUGGUUAUGGGAUCAGCAGUACGUUAUACCUGCAGACGCAUUAUGGACAUGCCCAAAGCUGGUUUACAUUCGUGUCUACAAUGGCAGACCUGCGUACAACAUUUUUAUACUUUUUUCCCAUUUGGUUUCAUCUACAAUCAGCAGUGGGAGUGAAGCUGGUCUGGGUUGCUGUUGUGGGAGAUUGGCUCAACUUAGUCCUCAAGUGGCUUAUGUUUGGCGAGCGUCCUUAUUGGUGGGUUAAAGAAACUCUUUAUUAUGGCAACUUGACUGUACCACAAAUCAAACAGUUCCCCAUGACAUGCGAGACCGGCCCUGGAAGUCCCUCCGGUCAUGCGAUGGGAUCUGCAGGGGUUUACUAUGCCAUGGUCACGUCACUGCUGACGAUUUUGCAGGAAUGUGACCCCCUAAAAAGAUGGUGCUUGCAUGGUCUUCUUUGGGCCCUUUUCUGGGGUGUGCAGGUUUGUGUCAGUCUUUCUCGAGUCUUCAUUGCAGCUCAUUUCCCACAUCAGGUCAUUGCGGGAGUUGUUUCGGGAAUCGCUGUGGCCAAGGCUUUUAAUAGAGUGUCCUGGAUCUAUUCAGCAAGCUUGAAGAGUUAUGUGCACACCAUCCUCUGUCUUGUGUUUAUUGCGCUGGGGCUCUAUGCAUUGUUGGAUGCUGCUUCAAUAGACCCCUACUGGAGCCUAAUGAAGGCACAGAAGUGGUGCAUUCAGCCUGAAUGGGUCCAUCUGGACACCACACCCUUCGCUGGCCUCCUCCGCAACACCGGGGCCCUGUUCGGCCUGGGGCUGAGCCUCCAUUUGCCUAUUCAUGGUGAGCUGCAAAAAAACAGGAACUGUGGAAACAGCGCCAUUUACAGACUGACCUGUACAGCAGCAACACUGCCACUCCUGAGCCUCUUAGACUCAUUCAAACCUCCCACAAGCACUCAUGCGCUCUUCUAUGCACUUUCUUUCUGUAAGAGUGCCACUGUGCCUCUAACCACAAUACGUUUUGUACCUUACUGCAUAAGCACAUUAGCAAAUGUAUACCACAGAAUGAAAUCAUAUUAA